GCAUGCCUGCCUAUAAAAGGAGCUGCGCUUCUCCGCCGAAGUGUAGUUGAGCAGAUGAAAUGGAUUGCGCAGUUUAUUUCCUACUCUUCACUCUAACGUUCUGCCUAAUCCUACAACCGUUGCAAGCACAAUUCGGCGGGCAGGUGUAUUACACACAACAAGGUCCACCGGGGCCACCUGGUGUGCCAGGCCUAUCAGGUAAUAUAGGCAAUCCGGGUCCACGUGGCCCUACUGGCGAUAGUGGCCCAGCUGGUGCACCCGGACCGCAAGGUGCGCCCGGACCGGAUGGCCGCGACGGUGUAGCUGGUCAACAAGGGCCGCCUGGUGUGCGCGGUCGACGUGGCUUUCCCGGCUCGAAUGGACCGCCCGGACUGACGGGGCCGCAAGGUUUUAUGGGACCACCCGGACCAACUGGGCCACCAGGCACAUCGGCACGUAAUAUGCCGUAUGAGAUUUAUGCAACGGAAUAUGAGGGAGAUUAUUAUGAUAACUAGUGAAGUGUGCAGA